ACGAUCAAGAUCGCCAUCGAUCUUCGCCGUCGACUUUGGCUCGGUUCACCAACUCUAUCGCAGCCAUCCACCCAUCCAUCCGCGGACUCAUGGACUCGACCGUCGCCUCGGGCGUUGUCGACUCGGCCAUGGCCGCCAGCAACUUUUUCUUCAAGCCCCUUGGACCGAACGACCCCGACCCGGCGCCCGACCAGAUCAAGUGUGCCAUGAUGCAGACUCUCAAUCGGGAUCCAAGCAUAUUCCUUGAGAAGUGGGGCAAAUUCCUCCCCCCGGAACAGCUCAGCAAGUUUCGCAUCUUCUCCGACAACUACGAAGUCAGCCACUACCUCAACACUCUGGCACCUGUGUCUGCCGCCAAGCCGCUCUCCAGAAAGGCCAAAAACAACCGCAGACUCCAGUACAUCAGCCAGCAUGCCGAGCUCUUUGAAGAGUCCGAGAUGAAACAGCGAGAGCCUGUACUCUACGAGGAGUACAUUGGACGCUACGAAUCAAAGGCCAAGUUCAACACCCCGUUUCCGGAGGACAUGACCUUGGUGGAGCGAAUCUAUUUUGACAUGGACGAGCAGCGGCAUCGCGAUGCUCUCGCCAGGAGUCGGGAGCGGCUCGAAGAACAGUUUGAAGAGUUCGACAGCGAUCCGGACGACGGCGACUCGGGCGAUAACAACGAUCUUGACAGAAGGGAUGCCAGGAGCAGCUCUGACCAAAAUGCGCCCCGUAAUGCCAGUGACAAGGAGCCAGGUAGCGACAGCGAAGCAGACGGCAAUUCAUCCGGAGAACCCAGUCUACCCGAGCAGGAGCGGCUGGACAAGAGGGGUGAGUUUCUGCGGCUCAUGCAGGAGCGAUUUCUCGAUGGACGAGAGUCUGGGUUUGAUUACGACGCGAUCGAUGAUACAUUGCUGGACGAUCAUGUCGAGGCGAUGCGGGACGAAGAAGAUACGUACUUUGACAGCGAGGAGCCUAUGGAAGAGAUAGAAUAGUGUACAUAUUGAAUAC